UCUGUAAUUUCUAAAUUUACGACUGCAGUCAAAAAGAUAAUCGAUAAAUAACGACACUCGAAUGUAAAACAAUUUGCCAGCCAAUAUACCUUCAGAAAAAAAUCUCAUUUGAAUGAAAAUUUUAAAAUAGAAAAAAGUUCAUUUAUAUGAAGUCUCUUCUCAACUGAAGUUGAAGUCAAAAUUCAGUCGACCAAUCAGAGUCAAGUUUACCACUACAAAGAAGUUCGCAGCGAAGUGUAUGCGAUUAUAGAAUUUUGGCAAAUAUAGUCAAGAAUUACUCUUUAAAGCUCAAAAUAUCCUGUCGUUCCGCAUUUACACAAUUAUACCAAUUUGGUUUAAAAUUAAUUUCCUCAAUUUCGAAUUUACCUUCUAGACUGUCAUUCACCGAUAAAAAUAACGCGAUUUGAUUUAUUUGAUCCAUUUAUUGCAUAUUAUUUGUAAUAUUUUGUGGACAUUUUGGUAUCUUUAUUUUGGCCGAGGCAUUUCCCUCUAAAGCCGUGUUGGUCCUUUUUGGUAUGAUUAAAAGCCACUCAUCAAACCGAGUUGCUCUUAAUCCCCUUGGAUUUAGAUAAUCGUAAAAUAUCAAAAUAAUCGGGAUUAAUCCAAUUUAAUUUACCACCAGUACACUUGGAGUCCAGUCAAGUUUCCCGACCGCUGGUUCCCUAGAAGAAAAAUAGAUCCUUUGUUAUCUUCACUUUUCGUCGGUGGUCCAAAAAUCGGUUUGCAGAUUACCCAAAUUUACCUUUGCUUGAUCUAUAAUUCAAUUGUAGUCAGUUACUCUCAACCGAACUAAAAUUUAUCAUCGAAACAGUAUAAUUUUACCAAAUUCACCAAUUUUAUUUUGCUUUCUAAGGCAAAACUUUCACUGUUUCCUAGCUUUGAUGAAGAUUAUUCUGCUGCACAUAAAUCAGUCCAGUCGUUUCGCAAAGCAAAGAAAUAAUUAAAGUACAAAGAAUUUUGAAACGUCGCACAAAUUCAACCUUAUUUUAUAUUUUCGUUCAAGCAAAAAUGCAUUUGUUAAUUUCGAAGUUAAUCACGAUAACAAUUUUAUCGUCCAUUUUGAUUGAUGUAACCUGUUCAUCUACGCGUAUUCUGCCCGAGAUCUCUGUGAAAAUCGGGCAAGUAGUGGAGUUGUUCCCGUCCGCGGAUAUCCCCGUGUCGCCUCUGAAGGACCAGGACUACUGUAUCCUAGAGGUCAUUCAGAAUGAUCCUCUCUACUCGAUGGUCGGACAGCUCACUCCAUCGACGUUUCCCUGUGAAUUCAAACAAGGGACUGUGGUCUACACGCACAAUGGAGCUCCCCCCUCCCUCCUCCAAGUGGACCAAGUGGGACUCCGACUCUACCAGGUGCCUCGAGAGGCCAAAAUGCACCAGCCAGAGGUAUCCACAGUUGUCCUUCCAGUCCGAGUGAUUGGAUCCCAAAGCUCAUUCAGGUUUGCAAACUUCAAACAGAACCUGACCGUGGAUAAAAUCAAAGGCACCUCAAAUACUCUCAACUCCGAAAUUAUGAGUUUCAAACUGAGCCCCUCAACAAUGGGUAAAAAAUUCCUCUCGUGUAUGGUGUCGAUAAACUUGCCCUCGGAGAGCUGGCCCAAAUAUGGAAAACUGGUUUACACCAACGCUGCUGGCUCUUCGGAAAACGUGGAAACUACUCAUCAGUCCUGUAACGAUUUCCUCAGCGCAGGAUUGCGUUAUGAACACUAUCAACCAAAAUCGCCUAAAUGGGAUUACGUUCCUAUCAAAAUUGAAGUGGUCGACUCGAGUUCGGGCAUGGGAAUGCAAAGAGAUCACGUUUUCAUCCCUAUAUUGAUUGCAGAAGCUUCAGAAAACACGGCACCCAAGUUUAAGACCACAAACAACCCAGUUGUAAGCGUGAACAAUAUGAUUUUUAAAAGUCUGACUAUAAACAACAUUGCAGCUGAGGACUCUGAAACGAAAAAAGAACUUCUGAUAUACAACAUAAGCAAGCCUUUGCAACCUGGAAAUGGACAAAUUAUGAAACGAGAAAACGAAAAGCACGUGCCUGUCAAUUCAUUUCUGGAAAAAGACUUGGAGGAUUUCAAAAUCAUUUAUUACCCACCAGGCCGCCAAGUUGAUCACAAGGGAGAGGACUACCUUUUCGAAGUGACUGUAUUUGAUUCGGAAUACAUGAGCAGUCAACCUAUGUCUGUCCAGAUUCAGAUGACCAGACAUGUUUCAAAGAGUCCAUGGACAAUUGUGAACCAAGAAUUGAUUGUCGUCGAAGGACAGGAAGCUUAUAUAACCGAGGACAGUCUAAAAAUCGUUGACCGUGAUAACAUAAAAGAUGUGACGGUGACAGUGCGAGAACCGCCAAGACAUGGAACAUUGUUGAUCAACGGACGCUCCAACAAGAUGUUCUCAGUUGCAGACAUCGCUGAAGGAAAACUGAAAUACGUGCAUGAUGGAUCUGACUCGACUGAGGAUGAAAUAGCCUUGUGGCUCACUGAUUAUACGACUGAAGAUUCCGAGAAUGCCAAUAGCAACCGAGUGAUGUUCAGAGUCAAAAUUCUAACCGUGGAUGAUUCGGCGCCGAAGAUGCUGCGAGUUGUUUCGCUGAAUGUUAAUCAAUGGUCGACUAACGCGUUGAGUACUGAAAACCUAAUAGCGGAGGAUUCUGAAUGUCCUAAUGAUAUCUUGCUUUUUAAAGUGAUAUCACUUCCUAAGCAUGGUAAACUUGUGAAAAAGUAUCCGUUUGAUAUAACUGAAGAGCAGGUUAAAGAGUUCUUGCAAAGUGAUUUGGAGAAAGGGUUGAUAUAUUACCGACACGGUGAUGACCGAAUUGCCGACGAUUCACUUGGAUUCAUCGUGGAAGACUGUGUGGGAAAUGUUUCACCUAUGUCGUCACUAGACAUCGCUGUUUUACCGAGCCUUGACCGACCACCGCAACCCGAUACUUCAGCAACUCACCGGGUGACCAUUUUGGAAACACAAGUGAAAGCUAUAACCUCUAAUAUUCUUGGAUACACUGACGCCGACACUAAAGCCGAAAACAUAAUAUUCCGAAUCUUGAGUGCUUUGCACUUUGCCGACAGUUUUGAGCCUGAGGAUGCAGGACAGUUGGUCCUGAGCGAUACAGAGCCUGUGAGAGGGAAGACUUACCGAGACAUUGAUACGUUCACACAGCUGGAUGUUGAGAAGGGAAGGUUGUGGUUUGUUCCUCCUAAGAGUGACUUGGGAAUGAAAAACAGAGAAGUGCAUAUGAUUUAUGAGGUUGAUGACUCACUCAUUGGUGAAAUGUCACGUACUGUACUCAAAACAAACGCUCUCAACAUCUCUCUUGUGGCCAUCGACGACAGACCUCCCUCGGCAAUCAUCCGGACCCUGGAGGUCGAGGACUCCACCUUCAGAAUCAUAGACCAAAAUGACAUCCGUAUCUCAGACGUGGACAGCGACAUGGCCAGAGUCCAGAUGCGGAUGAGCGACUUGCCUCAACAUGGACUCUUGAUGGUAGACGGAAGACCAGCGGAUGUAGAGACGUGGGUCAACGCCACCUACCUGUCCAAGAUGAAAUUCAGGUAUGACCACGAUGGAUCCUCCAGUCUCACCGACAGGUUCUCGUUUGAAGUGCGAGAUGGAGCAAACAACAUGCGCAAGUACUGGGUGCCCAUCAACAUCUUCCACAUCAGCGACCAUGCUCCUGUGCAACACUUGGAGAUAGUCACAGACCUCAUUGUCAAAGAGGGUGGUCACAUUGUGAUUUCGGACUACAACUUGAAAGUCCUGGACGUUGAUACUCCCGAGGAGCGAAUCAUGUACCUCAUUGUACGAUACCCGGAAAAAGGAGUGAUCAAAAAUGACGGUAACUUGGUGAUCAACAAUCGAUUCUCCCAGGCUGAUGUGAACGCAGGACGCAUCAUUUACCAACACAACCAGAGAGAAAUAGGAGUGGAUGCCCAAAUUGACUACCUGCAGUUGAUGUUCACUGAUCAAGACUUGCCACGCUAUGAUCAGAGUCAGCAAAACCGAAUUGCUCUCACAAUCCGAAUCAAACCCGACGAUAACUCCCCGCCUACCGUAGUCACACGUGAGCUCGAGGUGGAGGAGGGGGGACACUGCUUCAUCACAACAGAUGCCCUAUCCGUUCAAGACCGCGACAGUCCCGCUUCCUCAAUAGGGUUUGUGGUUGCAUCGCAACCCGAGUGGGGGUACCUGGAACAUACUCGAGUCGGUGGUCUGUUCACACCUUCGGGUCACGUGAGCAAGAACGAGAUGCCCUCUUUUACCUACAUGGACAUCCAGGAUAUGAAGAUAGUGUAUGUGCAGAGUAGACAUCAAGGAGUGGAGCCAAUAGCAGACAAAGUGGUGGUGUAUGCGACUGAUGGCAAACAGAUCUCGGAUAACUUCACGUUACCUAUUCGCAUCAAACCUGUCAGCGAUGAAAAUCCGCAGUUUGAGGCUCGCAACCUGACAGUUACAGAGAACGGCUUCAUAGUCCUCGACGACAUCUUCCUCUCCGCUAGGGACCUGGACAAGCCCUCGGACAAGCUCAUGUUCUAUAUCGAGGAGUUCCCUCUACACGGAUACAUCACGAACAGAAACUAUUCGGGAUCUUACAGGUGGCUGACACGAGAUGACAACAUUGACUCAUUCAACUUUGAAGAGCUAUCUAAGAGAUACAUCAGCAUAUGGUACUACCACGACUGCACCGAAAGUCUGAAAGACCAAUUCACAGUCCGUCUUUCGGACGGGUUCCACUCGAUACGACACGUGAUAUAUGUGCAGAUUGUGCCAAUCAAUGACGAAAUACCCACAGUGCGACACUCGGGAGGCGUGUCGGUGAAGCGCGACCAGUCGGCUAAGUUGUCCCCGUUUGCUAUCAUUGCUGACGACGCAGACACCCCGAAUGACCAGUUGUAUUUCCUCAUUAGGGCGUUCCCACAGGCCGGUUACUUCUUGAGAAAGCAGAUUUCUAGGGAAGGCAAGGAAGUAUGGAUGAAAAUGGACGAAAACUCAGGACCUUUCACACAGAAAGACAUCGAUGAAGGCAUCAUCAUGUACAAGCACAACAGUUCAAUGGACAAACGAGUCACCACAGAUGUCUUUGCUUACGUCGUCUCCGAUGGAAUAAAUCUCAGCGAAGACGCUUCCUUCAAAAUCUCAAUUCUGGAUGAUGACAAGAGUCCGAUUAACCUCGUAAACAACAAAUUGACCUUGAACACCGGAAGUACAGCUGUGAUAACGACCGAGUAUCUUAACGCGGACGAUUACGCUAAUAGACCCUCUGAAAUUGUGUUCAGCAUUGACGAUCAGCCCAAUUCUGGGAGGGUUGAGGAGGUUAAGAAUCCGGGCACUGCUAUUACUAGGUUCACCCAGGCACAAGUUACAAAUAAGGAGAUCAGAUAUGUGCAUGUGAGGAGGAAGGGGAUCAGGACGCCCCAGAUAUCAGACUCGUUCAACUUCAUCGUGUCAAAUGGACAGACGUGGCUAAACAGGACAUUUGAAGUGACAGUGAAAGUGGCACACCAACUGCCCACUUUAGUGGAGAACAAACCCCUCCAGUUGAGACAGGGGGCCAGCAAGGACAUCACCAUCGCCAAUCUACAUGUGCUGGAUCCGGACACAAAGUCCAAGAACCUCACCUACAUUAUUAUGCAGAAACCAGCAGAGGGAACAUUGAAGAAUGGAAACAGGACGAUAGAAUACAAGUUCACGCAGUUCGACAUUGACAACCAGGACAUCACUUACCACCACCACGGAACAGACCACAUCCACGACGACUUCAAGUUCUCUAUCUCAGAUGGCCCGAACUCGAUGUACGUGAUCAAGAACGAGGUGACUUCUAAGCCGAUCACGUUCCAGAUAGACAUCAUGGUUCCCAAACCGAACCAAUUGCAGAUCAAAUCCACCAUCAACCGAAACCUCAUCUCAAACGACGGCCAUGUUGGAUACAGACUCGACAGUCACAACAUACAGGUAAAGGGUUCGGACUACCAGCCGGAGCAGAUUGAGUUCAAGAUAGUGCGCAAGCCCAUCUUCGGUCAGCUGAUUUACUAUGAGAGUGGUCUGCCAGUGCCUGUUACCUUCACCUACGAUGAGUUGAUCAACAAGAACAUCAUGUAUGUCAUCUUCCCUGAGAAGGACGCCACCAACGACAGCUUCGUGUUCGACGUCCAAGAUGCAAAUGGGAAGUUCACCCAAGCCAGAAGCCGCUAUAGAAACUCAGAAGAGUACAUUCCUGCUCGAGCUACGUAUGACCUGUCCUGGGCGAGUAUUGAAUUCAAGCACAGUAAGCUGACGGUGUGUGAAGAUGGGGGCUCAGUAGGCAUUCGGGUGGUCAGGUAUGGCUGGGUGGGUGGCAAGAGUCAAGUAGAAUUCAAGAUCAAGGACAUCCCCUCAUCCAUGCACGACGACGACUACUUCUACAACCGACAAGUUGUAUUCGACCAAAUGGAGUCUGAAAAAGAGAUUAAACUUGAGAUCGGCAAGAGCAAAGACCUGAUCGAAAACCAGAACAUCAAACUGAUCAUGCGCAGACCAGACAACGCAGUGCUUGGAAUCCUCACCAAAAUGGACAUCACGAUCCUCGACGAAACUGAAUCCUCUUGCAUCUUCGGAAAGAUCGACAACUCUAACCCCAGUCAAGUUCCUGAUAAGAACCCGAGCAUUCAACUGCCUCCUACCGAUAUCUGGAAUACUCCGACCGAUCCAGUUCCAGUUCUGCCUCCGAAGAUCCCUGGCCUUGAAGCAUACCCGCCAGCUGGACCCGUUGACUCGCAGAUGCCCAAGUUGCCGCCCGUUUAUGACCCGGUGAAUAAAGCAGCAGCUAAAAGACUAUUCAGCUCCUUGAAACCGGAAGGGCACAGCAACGACGAGUUCAUGCCAGCGGACGAGGGCGAAGGUGUUAGUACUACAGAGCCUCCAAUCGGGUGGCGUGAUUGUGGUCCAGAACAACAUGGCCUCCUUUACUACCAGAAGAACACUCAAGAACUCUAUGAGUGCGAUGGAAUCGAUUGGAUACUGAAGUCCAGUCCUUCGCCGCCCACUUCUCCAGGACUACCUGAAGCUUACGUGAAAGAUGAAGAACAUAUGCCCAUUAAGCCAGAAAGACCUGUCAUACCAGCUUGCUCUCUUGGCUGGACUCAGCAUUUCGGCAAGUGUUACCUCGCAGUGAAGACAAAAAAGACCUGGACAUCGGCUAAACAAGAUUGCGAAUCCAGGGGAUCAAACCUGGUAUCCAUGCAUGUGGACGAAGGGGAAGAACUAAGGUGGCUCGUUGAGUACUCAGGCUUCAGUAAGCUAUGGACAAGUUUGAACAAGAUGUAUACUGGAGGAGUGUGGGAGUUCACUGAUAAAUCUUACCGCGUGAAAAAAAUUGAUUGGAGCAAAACCUCGUUGAACGCGAACAUGCGUGGCACUGGAAACCAAUGCGCAAACUUGAACAACAAGAUUAAAUUCCAGAGUCGGCCAUGCCAGAAGCCUAAGUUCCCCUUCAUAUGCCAGAAAGACACGGAUAAGGACUCUUCCUACUCAUACUAUUAAAACAGAACCUUUUCUGUUUCUUCAGUUUUCUUGAGCAUGCACUAUUAAUGGACAAUUUUUGAAUAGAUUCUUCUAAUUUUUAUAAAAACAGAUUUCUGCAAUUAGUUGCACAAUUCAAUGCUAUAUAUGGAAAAGCGGCACAUUUCUUUCACUAGAUGCAUGGCUUAAAAAGAAAAGAGAAUACAAAAUACAAAAACUUUAGCAAAAAUAGCAAAAAAGCAAGUUUUAAGCCAUCAAAAAUAUAUUUUUUCAAGCAGCAUAUAUCUAAUUGUUUAUGAUUUUCCACACCGUAUUUUUAGUUUCGUUCUUUUCAGUCACUUUGAAAGUUGAUGUAUUACAUAUAUUCUCGUUGUUUUCUUCAUAUUCCCAGAAAUCAUAAGCUCAGUCUCGAUAAAUUAUCAAUUUUUGGCUAUCUUUACCAAUCGGUCUAUAAUGUUCAUGAGAUUGAUCAACAAAUUUGUUCACAUCUUCAUGAUAACUUCUCGUGAGACAUUUGCGUUGAAUGAGACGAGAGAGAGUUCGUAUUCCAAGAUUCUGAUGUGGCCCGCCUUUGUAAAUUCGAUGUCCUUCAUCGUGUACAUUAUCGAAUGAUUUGAUUGCAUUUAACUGUUUCUGUAGUUUUAAAUUGCAAAUUUUUAUAAAAUUU